AUGUCUGUAAGGCGAAACCACUCAGAAGUGACCGAGUUCAUCCUGGUGGGCUUCCCAGGUUCUCUGGGGCUCCAUAUGUGUCUGCUGGUACUGUUUCUACUGGCCUACAUGCUGACCAUCACAGAGAACCUGGUCAUCAUUGCAGUGAUCCGCACAAGCCCUGUACUGCACAAGCCCAUGUACCUCUUCCUCAGCAACCUGUCCUUCCUGGAGGUAUGGUACAUCUCCGUCACAGUGCCCAAGAUGCUGCUCAGCCUUGUCGCACCCCGAUUCCAGCGCAUCUCCUUUGCAGGCUGCAUGGCCCAGUUGUACUUCUUCCUGGCACUAGCCUGUACUGAGUGCACACUCCUGGGCGUCAUGGCCUAUGAUCGCUAUGUGGCCAUCUGCAGCCCACUGCGCUACCCAGUCAUCAUGAGCCCAGGGCUCUGUAGCCUCCUGGCUGCUGGCUCCUGGUUCUCAGGCUUCACCAUCUCCCUGGGGAAGGUAUUCUUCAUCUCUCGCCUCGGUUACUGUGGUCCCAAUGUCAUGAACCACUUCUUCUGCGACGUGUCCCCAUUGCUGAACCUCGCCUGCUCCGACAUGUCAGUGGCAGAGCUGGUGGACUUCCUCCUGGCACUGCUAAUCCUGUUGGGGCCACUGCUGCUCACAGUCUUCUCCUAUGCUUCCAUCAUCAGCGCGGUGUUGCGCAUCCCAUCUGCCUCAGGCCGGCAGAAGGCCUUCUCCACGUGUGCCUCGCACCUGGCAGUGGUGGUCAUCUUCUACUCAGCUUCCCUCUUCAUCUAUGCCCGGCCACGGGCCAUCUACUCCUUCGACUACAACAAGCUGGUGUCCGUAGUGUACACAGUGCUCACGCCUCUGCUCAACCCUAUCAUCUACUGUCUGCGGAACCAGGAGGUCAAGCAGGCACUUCACAAGGUGGUACAGAGAACAGUACAGAUCCUGGGGGCCUCAUCUUAG